CUUAUAAAGGAAGUAUCCGAUGACACGGUUAGCGGGGCGCUGGAAACGGCCCCCCAUUGCACCGUCCGCCUGCCGCCCGCCACCGCCUGCCGUCGACGGGCAUCCCACUGCCCUUUGCGGUAUAGCGCCCGCCGUUUCGAGAAUAGCGUGGAGUCUCGCCGCUUUUACGUGCCUGCCCCUGCCGCCCCAACGCUGCCGCUGCAUCUAUAUAAGCCCGGCCUCCCUCCCUCGAACGACCACGCACUCUCUCUUCCACUUUUCCCUCUUCCCGUCCCACGGCGCCCAGUGUGCACUGUCCCCCCGCCCCCUUUUUUUUUUCUCAAGAUGCCGCGUUAUCCGGACAUGCUCCUUUUCCAGCACAGCGCCAUCUCCACCUUCCUCGCUUCGCCCCCUUCAGCUGCGGCGUCGACGACAGGGUUGCAUCUCUCCCCUCCACGGCCAUCUUCCGGACCCCACUGGGAUCUGAUCACAUAUCCCUACCCUGCUCCACCAGCCAAUGGCAAAAUUGCCGCAUCCGUUUUAUUUCCGUGUCUUGGGCAUGCGACGCUUGGAAUUGCAGUCAAGAGAUGCGAUUGGGGCCAGGCACCAGAUCUUGGUUUCAGCCCAGCGUACGCAGGAGCGAGCCUGCCCUUCCUCCCCCAGUUCCGUUCUUUCUCUCGUCCUUCAAACCGCAUCUCUACCGCCGUGUUACACCUCCAAAACUACCCCGAUUCCCACAAUAUGCUUCCUGCAUUUCAGAUAAAUAAUUUCAAGCCAUGGACCCCUCUUCCCGCGAAACCGUAUCCACCACACAGAACACUCAAUGCGUCCUCCCCACAAACCUCAAAUACCCCUAAACCUGAGCCCUGUCAUGUUCUACUUCCAGGCACUUUACUGCCUCCCAAACAUCACCUACCGGCGCGACCACCGGCCGAAGUCUGCGUGCAUGUCAGUGCCAACACCCAGCUGGAGACAGAGACAUUCGGGCGUAGUACCGCGUCUCGACAGAGUUCUGUGCCCCAUGUUCCUGCUCCGGAUCUGAUCCGCCCCUGCUAUGCUCAGGACGAGACUAGAACCCCUACCAAGCCGCCUGGGUUCCAGGAAGAUGACGCAGCGCGUAAUGUCCCAUCUCCGAGUGCAUCUAGCUCGACCGAUAGUCUAGAGGACUUCCUCAGGAUACCAGACUCCCUCCAAGACAACAUCCCCAUUGAUCCGGUGAUUCUUGCCAAUCUCGGGCCUUGGGAGAGUGACGACUUCCAGCUACAUGCCCCCCUAGCAUACGGCAUCACUAAUCCGGAGACAACCUGCCUGUAUCCUGAACCUCCAGCCAUUCUCAGCAGUCCAGCUAGCCGUUUUGAAGUGCCUGGCGAAAGGGAUGGUAGUGAUAAUGGCGGUAUUCAGGGAAGUCGUUAUGGCGGCCAACGAAUGCAAACUCCCUCGCCCGGCACCGGACCAGACCAGCCUUCACCUGAUAACCAUGGGAAGCACCAGAUUAAGCGAAAAACACGAAAAUCUGACGGCGGAAUUCGCAAGCCACCUCGAGUUCGCUCCACGUCAGUACCCAGAGAUUCCUUUGCUGCCCUUCGGUCUCAGUUCACGUCUCUACCACUGGAUGACCGUUUGCAAUUUCUAUCCUGGCUAUUUGAAGGUGCACUAUCUCACUGCAUGUCUGACACCUCACAAACAGCAUGUGAAGAAUUGAAGGCACGGGAAAGCCGCCGCUCAAGGCCCCGGCCUGAGAUCGACCAAAGUCGGAGUGUUCGCAAGAGUGUCCAAACGAACCCGAGAAAGGGUAUGCCGUGGUCCACGGAAGAGGUGGACCUCCUGAGGCAAAACGGCGACACAAAAGAAGCGGAACGGCGACUGCAACCCAACACUCUGUUUAACCUUCUCCAUCGUUGCCACGACUCCCUAUCACAGGCGAUCCGAGUUGAGACAAAUGCGACCCUGACAACCCAAGGCGGCGUGACCGACCCGGUCAACCGACUAUUUCCCAAGCGCAUCGUUCCUUGUCUUGAUUUCUCUCAGCUCCAGGAGCAGAUCUGGAAGAACCUUGACCGCACAGCCAACUUUACCUCGCAUCCGCUGUUUCCUUCCGAUACCCAGAUAGACUAUGUUGCGACAAAUAUCCAGAACAAGCCGAUUUUCUCAAAAGCGACCUUAUGGAAUUUCGAGCGAGAUACUGUGGAUAACUUUGUUGAAGCGAUUAUUGAGGCAUUACGAGGCGAUAAAACUUUACGACAGGAGUUUGGUAUUGAGGGUCGAGUGGCUUUUUAUGACCGCACAAACUCAAGCUCGCUGGAUGACACUCUGGAGCAGAUUCAUAUUAGUGACGCGCCCCAUCCAACAACAAACACCGACCGCGGGAGAGGUAGAAGAAAAGGGAGGGGGAAACAAGUGGCACAGAGUCAGAAGAGGGCUCGCUCGGGAAGGGGACGCAAUCGCCGCGCUGAUCAGUUCUGUGUUCAUGUCGUGGCUGACGAGCGCCAGAUACCAGUUUAUGCGGUAGAGUUUAAAGCCCCUCAUAAGCUCACGGUCGCUGAACUAGUUGCGGGCUUGCACGAACCAAAUAAGGCAUGCCACUAG